ACUUCCGCUUUGCGGCGCAACAGGAAGUGGAGUUGAAAACCAGGACGGAAGGUGAAUUUCACUCUGCAAAACAUGGAUGAGAUUUAAGAAGUGCUGCAGUGGUUGUCGAGCCGCGGACUCCGGUCAGACGAUGUCUAACUGCGCGAGGAGCGGGGACAUCAUCCACCUGAACGUCGGCGGGAAGAGGUUCAGCACCUCCAGACAGACCCUGACCUGGGUGCCCGACUCCUUUUUCUCCAGUCUGUUGAGCGGUCGCAUCUCGACUCUGAAGGAUGAAACUGGAGCAAUCUUCAUCGACAGGGAUCCCUCUCUGUUCGCUCCCAUCCUUAACUUCCUGCGGACCAAAGAGCUGCACCCCCGCUCCAUCAACGUGCACAUGCUCAUGCACGAGGCCGAGUUCUACGGCAUCACGCCGCUCGUGCGCAAACUGCAGCUGUGUGAUGAGCUGGACCGCUCGUCCUGUGGAAACGUGCUGUUCAAUGGAUACCUGCCGCCGCCAGUUUACCCGGCGAAGCGGCGCAACCGCCACAGCGUGGCCGGUUCGCAGUUCAUGGGCGGCCGCACCGCGCCCGCAGAGAGGGCCCCGGUCAGACGCAGCAACACCAUGCCCCCCAACCUGGGGAACUCUGGGAUACUGGGAAGGGCCAGCAUGGAAGAGAGGCCGAGUGGAGGUCAGUCAUCAGAUUCUGGCAUGGUGCGGAUCAUCUGUGGUCAUCACAACUGGAUCGCGGUGGCAUACGCGCAGUUUGUCGUCUGCUACAGGGUGAAGGAGUCGACCGGCUGGCAGCAGGUCUUCACCUCCCCUCGUCUGGACUGGGUGAUCGACAGAGUCGCGCUCAACGCCAAGGUGAUGGGCGGCUCACUUGGAGACAACGACAAGAUGGUGGCAGUCGCCUCGGUGACGGAGAUCAUCCUGUGGUCCAUCUGUCCAGACGGCAACGGAAAUGAGAUCGGCGUCUUCAGCCUCAAUGUGCCGGUGGAGGCGCUCUUCUUCGUUGGUAACCAGCUGAUCGCCACCAGCCACAGCGGGAAGGUCGGGGUGUGGAACGCCGUCACCAAACACUGGCAGAACCAGGACGUGGUUCCCAUCAGCAGCUACGACACCGCCGGCUCCUUCCUCAUCCUUGGCUGCAACAACGGCUCCAUCUACUACAUCGACGUUCAGAAGUUCCCGCUGAGGAUGAAGGACAAUGACCUGCUGGUGACGGAGCUGUACAGAGACCCGACUGAAGACGCCAUCACCGCUCUGAGCGUCUACCUGACGCCCAAAACCAGUACGGGAACAAAACGCGACAGCGGGAACUGGAUCGAGAUCGCGUACGGCACCAGCUCCGGGACGGUGCGAGUCAUCGUCCAGCACCCGGAGACCGUUGGCUCGGGGCCUCAGCUCUUCCAGACCUUCUCCGUCCACCGCAGCCCCGUCACCCAGAUCAUGCUGUCGGAGAAGCACCUCAUCUCAGUUUGUGCAGACAACAACCACGUGCGGACGUGGACGGUGACUCGGUUCCGAGGGAUGAUCUCCACCCAGCCGGGGUCCACGCCGCUCACCUCCUUCAAAAUCCUCAGCUUGGACGACGUGGACGGACACGGAGGCUGCAGCGCCGGGACGGAGAUAGGUCCGUAUGGGGAGAGAGACGACCAGCAGGUCUUUAUUCAGAGAGUCGUCCCGGACACCGACAAACUCUACGUCCGCCUGUCGUCCAACGGGAAGAGGGUGUGUGAGGUGCGUUCAGUGGACGGCACCUCCAUCACGGCCUUCAUGGUCCACGAGUGCGAGGGCUCGAGUCGCAUCGGCUCUCGGCCGCGGCGCUACCUGUUCAGUGGCCACGGCAACGGCAGCAUCCAGAUGUGGGACCUGACCACCGCCAUGGAGAUCGCCGGCAAGGUCGACAUCAGAGCGCUGGGCGGGCCAACGGAGGAGGAGCUACUGGAGCUGCUGGACCAGUGUGACCUGGCUCUGACCAGAACCCCUGACAGUACACCGAGAGCCUCCACCUGCAGUCUUCACUCUCAGCUCAGCGACGGCUUCCGGAUAGAGCGUCUUCACUCUGCGGCAGGAGGACGAGGAGGCGGAGCUCUGGGUUCGGCGGCUUCGCUGUGCGGCAGCCUCCCCCGUCAGGUUCCGCCCCCAAUGCCGGUCGCCAGACCUCUCCGAGACCCCGGCCUCUCGGCCGGUUCUGGGGCUGGACCACAGAACCUUGCCCUCCCCAGCCCCGCCUACAGCCACUGCUCCACCGCCAGCCCCCGUCCCCACAGACACCUGGACCGAGACAGGGAGUGGGGGUCCGUCCGCAGGGGGAGCUUCGUGGAGCGCUGCCAGGAGCUCGCUAAGGGUACGGAGGCCGCUGGUGUCUCAGGGUUCGGUGUCCUGCCGGGGUCGGAGGGCGUCAGGCGGAGCUUAGCGGUGUGCAGCGAGUUGGAAGCCAGAUUCGGUCUCAGGACCCCCACCACCUUCUCUGUGUCGCCUGGUGCUCGCCAUUCACCUGGAGCGUCCUCGUCACUGUCGUCAUCUCCUUUAUCUUCGUCUUCAUCGCACCGCAAGACUACGCCCACUUCCCCGACAAGCCCCACCCCCUCUGCGGUAAGCCCGACCCGGUCUCAGACCCCCGUCUCGCCGCGCCGCGCCGUUGCACCGUCUCCCAUUGACGACCCAGUGUCACCAGAGAGCCCCACAAGUCCAGACAGCCCCGCCCCUGACCCCGCCCCCGGUCCUGACUCCACCCCCGGUCCCCCAACCAGCCCCAAACCACACAUGAACGAGACCAGCUUCUGAUUGGCUGAGAAAACUGACUAACUUGAACAUUCACUGUGAACUGAAACACAUUUUCAGUUUUGAUCAAUGGCGUCAGGUGUUGAGCCAAUCAGCUCUCAAGUUGUGUUGCCACCGUUACCACAUGCCACGUAGUCGUUUCUCAGCUCCGGUCAACAAGACAGUGACUAACAAACUAACGUGAAAAAAUAAGGCUUAGGGUCUCGACUCGGUGAAGCUGCACUAAUUAAUAUUUUUUACGUGAUCAAUAAAUGGAAUGACUCUAAACCUAGCAACCGUCGCUAAGGCUCUCGUGACGACGGCUCUUUGAUUUCACACAGAAAAAAAAACACGGAAACGGAUUUUUCGUUUGUGGCAGACGAUCAAAGAUUCGGAUGCUUGAAAUUUAAAUUAUCCGUUGUUUUUUUUAAUUUCAUCUUCUUUCAUCAAGAUUUGUGAAUUAUUUUCAUCCUCCUGGAAAUCUGCUCUGUAGUUUUUGUGUAAAUGGACGGACGGGGGUGUAGACGAUGCCUCCUCGGUUGCCACUAAUAACAACGUUGUUGUUUUCUCACCGUAGUCCUUGUGUUGGAUUACCUGUUGUCACGGUAACGACAGUGAACAUCGUGACAGGUUAGUUUUUACAAAUCGUUUUGUUUCACUUUGUCAACCGAGAAGCUGCCGUUGUCUCUCUUCUGUCUGAAUUCAAUAAUCCGCCGGUGGACGGAACGAGUUAGUGCAGCUUUGUCUGUUUUUGUACGUUUUGAUAGAACAGAUGAAUUUUUCUAACCAGAUGUUUUUCUAACUCCUCCUCGUGCGACGGAUCAUCAGUCUGUUCAAAAAAACAGAAAACUAAAGUUUGUUAUAGAAACUUUAUUUUUUUUAAUUUGUGUUUUUCGGGUAAAAUGUCAAAUGUAGUUUUCACUGUGAUGAAAACACGUCGUCAUCGCUCCGUUUUCUUCUUCACGGAGCCGCACCUGAACAUCUCACCGUCUUUUUUUCACUAAUGCUUUAAAGUAAUGUUGUUUUUUAAAAAGCAACAAAAUCUGAUCUUUCUGAUGAUUUUUAGUUUGUUACAGCUUCAUAUUUUUCCAAUUAUUCCCCCAAAACAGAAGUUUGUGGAAUUGAGGGAAGAAACGGCGACAAUACGAAUUCAUGAAUCAUUCUAAAUUUUUAUUUGAAUCUUCUCAGCUGACGAUGCCGUUCAGUUCACUGGAGCUCGACAGAUGUGGAUUCCAUAUCGGGGGAGUAAAAAAAAGGUCAGAUGUUGAUAUAAUGGCCGAUAUGAAUAUUUAGAAAAAGAUUUGUCAAUGAUUCUCAACAUGUCGUUAUCAAACUCUUAGGACAAUAUGUGGUUCAACCAUGAACUUUACCAAAUUAAUAGAACUUGAAUUAUGAAAAUAUAAACAAUGAGCAUAAAUGCUCAUCUGCAUUUAUGAUUAAUAUUUCAGCAAACAAAGACGCAAAGUUUCCCUUCUGCCUCAAACUAAAACACAACAAUUAUGUUUGCAGUGUAAUAAUGUAUAAUAAUGUAGUAAUGAAGAACAUUUAUGACAAAUAUUUCAAAUGAUUCCACGUUUCAGUCUGAAGUAUUUCAGACGUAUUAAUUAUGUUAAUAAUUUCCCGGAACCUUCCAGCUGAGUUGUGAUGGAAACAUAGCCUUGAGAUUAGGUGUCGAGAUGUUUCUCUUCUGUCUCGUCAUCCUCCGGUCGUUUGUCGAACUGCCUGUCAAACUGUCGGCCAUGUUGGAUCGUCCACUUGGUGAUGUCACGAGGUUCACGCCCCUGUUGGUGAUGUCACGAGGUUCACGCCCCUGUUGGUGAUGUCACGAGGUUCACGCCCCUGUUGGUGAUGUCACGAGGUUCACGCCCCUGUUGGUGAUGUCACGAGGUUCACGCCCCUGUUGGUGAUGUCACAAGGUUCACGCCCUUGUUGGUGAACGUUCAGAUUCUUUCUUCAGCGUUUGUUCAAAUAAAAAACAGACCAGGUUUGAAACUGA